AAUUGGGGUUUCUGGUUGUUUUGUCGGUAAGUAUGGAGUCUGAGGAGCGCGUAGUCUUGCAGGAACUGCAGGAGGUGAAGGAAGCCGACUUUCCCUCUCCGCCUGGGCUUAUCGAUUAAGUUGUCACCUCCGUCUCCGCUCCGAAUCUCCACCCGCUUGUUGUUCCCCGACGAUUCAUGUCGCUGUCGCUGUUGCUGCUAGUUAUUAUUGAUAUCUAUUCAUAGUAUCCAUCUUUCAGACCUAUGUUCUACUCCGGAAGUCUUCAGGAGGGCAUCGCUUUGGCGGUUAGUCAAGCCAAGGCUGUCGUGUGUUUCGUUCGAGAUGAUGAGCAGACAAGUGUAACAUGGGAGGAUGAUUACUUCGCUGGGGAUGAAGAGUUCCUCCGGUUGCUCGAGACAAGAGCUGUCCUCUUGCGCCUCGCCAAGGACAGCCAGGAAGCUGGCUUCCUGACCUCUUUCUGCCCUAUUGUCAAGUUUCCAACUGUAGUCGUUAUCAAGAAUGGCAUGCUGUGCGACUAUCUCGUGCCCGAGAUGUCCAAAGAGGACUUUCGCAGUCGACUUGCUACCAAGCUUGAUGAAAGUAAUGCGCUUGUUCCACCGGACUUGAAACCUAUCCCUGAGAGUGUUAUGAAAGAUACUGCGGGUCAGCCUUCCGUGCCUGCGGCCACGGCUGCUGCGCCCGCAUCUGUGGCGCCAGCGACUGAUCCGUUACCUACAUCAUCGGCUUCAUCCUCUGAUGUGACUCCAGCCCGCGAUUCAAGUAUCCGCGAGGGUAAGAAGAGAGUGGAGGAUGCACGAAUAGCUCAGUCUACAACUCCAGCUGCGACACAGAAGAAGCCCACCACUCCCGCGCCUAAACCCGCCGGCAAGGCCAUGAGUCCAGAACACCCUCCCCGUAAACCGAUAUUGCAGCCGGCCUCCUCGAAUCCCAAGCCCGUAUCUCCAUCCCCUAAGCCUCACCAAGAUGCCCCCGUUCGAUCCCCCUCACCACCCAAACAAUACCGUCUCCAAGUCCGCCUGUUCGACGGCAGCUCCGUCCGCUCCAGCUUUUCCCCCUCGCAAACCAUCCGCGCAAACGUCCGUCCCUGGCUAGACACACAGAUGCAAGAAGAGAAGCGUCCUUAUAACCUCAAGCACAUCCUCACGCCGCUUCCCAACCGCACCCUGACCAUCGCCGACGAAGAGCAAACCCUCGCGGAGCUAGGCCUGGGCUCGACUGCGAAUCUUGUAAUGGUUCCCAUCAGCACAUACACAGACGCCUACUCUGCAGCCGGCUCCAGCCUUCCCGUUCGCGCCGUGUCCUCUGCGUACGGGCUGUUCUCAUCUGCCGUGGGGACCGCAACGGGCCUAGUUGGUUCGUUCCUGGGGUAUGGAUCGAGCGGUCAGAAUGCGACCUCGGCCCAGCCAGGACAAUCGUCUAGCAGUAAUCCCUCGACCAGUGAUUCGGGAUCAAGGGCUCGACCGGUUGGCACCUCGAAUCGAGGCCCAAUCAUUCGGACCUUGAGAGACCACCGUGAUGAGCAGGAGAACAGUCAGCUCUACAACGGGAACCAGUUGAACUUUCAACCACGCAGGGAUGAUACGGACCGACGAUGAGCUUCGUCUACUGGAAUCUGCGCUCACGCGUUGUAAUUGGAUUACUAUGAGAUCGAUCCCCAUGUCUGUAGUAUAGCGGUAGUACUAUCUAGCUUGCCAGGUCAUUCUUUUCGCAGCUGCGCAAUACGAGUCUACAAAGGAAGCAGCCUAGGAACUUGAAGAGUG